UCCUCCAUAAACACAAUAGAUUUUAAUUCUUCAACACAAUUUUCAGCAGAAGAAAUGAAAGAGUCUUCAAAUAACAAGCAGUGGAGGCCAUUCACAGCCAAUUGCUGUUCAGCAAAAGACCAGACAAUCUUGGGAAACUUCAGCAGAUGCAGGCCUUCAAAGACAGAGAUGUCCAAGAACAUAGCUCCAUUGCCAUCAUUUAGGAAGCUGUCAUUUUCAGACAUAAGUAGGUCUUCUUCCAUGAAAAUAGAUGAAGAGCUUGCUGGAUGUUUAGGGCCAGACUUGUAUGAUUUUGAACUGAGUGAGUUAAGAGCUAUAACUCACAAUUUCAGCAGCAAUUAUUUGCUUGGAGAAGGUGGCUUUGGAACUGUUCAUAAAGGUUAUAUUGAUGACAAUUUCAGACAAGGCUUGAAGGCUCAACCUGUUGCUGUUAAGCUUCUUGAUAUUGAAGGUCUCCAAGGCCACAGAGAAUGGCUGGCAGAAGUGAUAUUUCUGGGACAACUGAGGCAUCCAAAUUUGGUAAAAUUGAUUGGGUAUUGUUGUGAGGAUGAAGAGAGACUUCUUGUGUACGAGUUCAUGCCCAGAGGCAGCUUAGAAAAUCACUUAUUUAAGAGAAUAUCUGUAUCGUUGGCAUGGGGAACGAGGCUGAAGAUAGCAAUUGGAGCAGCAAAGGGCCUUUCUUUUCUUCACAGUGCUCACAGCCCUGUCAUUUACCGUGACUUCAAGACUUCCAAUGUCUUGCUUGAUUCCGAUUUUAAUGCAAAAUUAUCAGAUUUUGGACUUGCAAAAAUGGGACCAGAGGGAUCAGACACACAUGUAACUACUAGAGUGAUGGGUACCUAUGGAUAUGCUGCACCGGAGUAUGUCUCUACAGGGCAUUUAACAACCAAGAGUGAUGUGUAUAGCUUUGGAGUAGUACUGUUAGAGCUGCUAACAGGGAGGAGAGCAAUGGACAAAUCAAGAGGGAAGAAUGAGCAAAACCUAAUAGAUUGGACAAAGCCAUACCUAACAAGUAGCAGAAGAUUGAGAUUCAUAAUAGAUCCAAGGCUUUCAGGGCAAUACUCAGUUAAAGGGGCAAAGCAAAUUGCAAAUUUAGCUUUGCAGUGCAUAAGUGUGAACCCUAAAGACAGGCCAAAAAUGGCAGCCAUUGUUGAAACACUUGAAGCUUUACAACACUACAAGGAUAUGGCUGUCACAUGUGGCCAAUGGCCUCCUUCACCAAAAUCCAAGACUAGUAAUGGAGUUUCAACUCAAGUCAGACUCCAACAAAGAAAAAACUAAGUAAAUCUUAGUUUUCUCGUGUAAUUUGUUAGCUUAUAUGUGUAUUUAUGUUAUGAGUAGAUAUGCCUUGUAAAUAUGAUAUGUGAAGUAAAUUAUAUUAAUAC